CGCUGGAAUUCCCCGUCACGUGACCGCAGGAAGCUGACCGCUGAUGACGGCGGAAGCGCAACACAAACACCGACGCGAUGAGCGACGCGGACAGCGAGCGCAUGGACAGUCUGGACGGAUGGGUCGCCGUUAAACGCGACGCCUUCGACGACAGCGAGAGCCACAAACUCAGAUUCAUCGUGGAGUGGAACGAGAUCGAGACGAAGUUCGCGGUGACGUGUCAUAACCGGACGCUGCAGCGACGCGGCGACGCGAGCGGCAGCUGCGCGGGUCUGUUCUCCGGCGCGCAGCUGAGCGGCGUUGGAGCGCACCUGAGCGGCGUCCGGGAUGAGCUCGGCCCGCUGUUUCCCGACCUGACGCGCUUCUGCGAGCCGAGCCUGUGGGAGCUGCUGUUCUCCAGCGCGCCGCGGUGCGAUGCUGACGCGGCCUGCAGGCAGCUGGAGCGCUACUUCGGCGCCGCGGUGGACGCGUGCGGCCGCAAGAUCGUGCUGGACGCGCUCUUCAGCGUCACUGAGGCGGACGAGCGCGAGUACUUCGAAAACCUGCAGGAGUUUAAAUGCAAAGCGAUGCGCGACGAGAUGACGCGCGCCAAAGACACGCUGGGCGCGCAGCUGCAGACUCAUCCCUGCACUGACGGGCUCCAGCGGCUGAUGAAGAUCUAUGAGGAGGAAGAUGAGACUUACAGGGAAUUAGUGAGUGUGGCGACGAAGUUCUACCAGAAUCUUCUGCAGCCCUUCAGAGACAUGCGAGAGAUCGCCACACUCUACAAGACGGAGAUUCUGAAAUGUCUGCAGUACGAGGAGCUGGGGCCGAAGCGUGUGAGUGAACUGGAGGCAGAGAUGAAUGACUGGAAUCAGCGCGGAGAAAAAGCUGUUCACUCCAUACAGGACAUCACAGCCGACUACUUCAGAGACACGUCCAGAGCACUCACAGGUAUGGUGAAACAGAUGGAACAGGAUCAGAAGAGAUUUGGCCACGCCUCUUGGGCAAUGGCCACGCCCAGACAAGAGAAACUCAGAGUCCUAUUGGCUAAAGAGACGCUGCAGUACAUGAGAGCAAAAGAGAUGUGCAUCAAACGCAAGAGAGAUGAGAUCCGAGAGAAGAAUGUGUCAGUGAUCCACAAGAGGGAGCAGUUUCACUCUGCUGUCAUUCAGAUGCAGUGUUUUAAAGUGCAUUAUGGGUAUUAUGAUGCUGGGUCCCUGUAUUUCUGGUUUGACAUAUUAUAAUGUCACACAAACACUCUAAUCUGAGUUCAAGGCCUGUUGGAGGACCAUGGAGAGGAGUGAUGCUGUUCAUCUGUGACACGUCAAUAUUUAAUUCUGUGCUGUCAGACGAAACACACACACACACACACACACACACAUACACCUUCAGGUGACACGGAUGGUAACAGGU